GUUUGUCCCUCAGUUUAUUUUUGUAGGUUUUGUUAUCGUAUACUUAGUAUGAAUAAUAUAAAAAAAAUGAGAGCAAAGCAUAGUUUAUUUUAUUAGUAACUUUGUAGAAAUAGCAGAUAUUAAUGUGUUAAAAGUCAAAGUAAAAUCUCGUAAAAAUACAGUACAAGUGUUUGCGUUUAAAAACGAAGCUCCUGACGGUAACGAUGAGGGCGUUAACUGACCCAUAUCCACCACUCGCUUUGGUCUGUCAACUGAUUUGAAACGUCGUCAUUCAGAACCUGAGUGACGCUGCUGUAAAAUGAAAUGAAAGGGGAAGCGAAACUUACUGAAGCCUGUGGUUGGACGAGAUACGGCUGAAAGCAAACUUUACAGUUGUGAAACGAGCAAAGUGUCCUCAACAUGAAUUCAUCAGACAACCAGUACUUCAUCAUAACGACACACGUUUUUUUAAACCCUGGACGCAUAUGUUACAUCUCUGGGUAUAAAUACAGAUCCGCUUCUCAGCACAGUGGCUCCAGCGUGAAGCUGUCAGUCACGCCUUUGGGCACACUAAGCGGGCUGCCUCAGGACAUAGACAGGACCUGCCUGAGCGAGCUGGAGGAGGAUGAAGCUGAGCUGCUACAGGCUCUGCCCGAGGACGGGGAACGACUGGAGUGGUUCAAACAGAGACACGCUCUUCAGAGGUUUCUACAACUCACUGAAGGAGUCAAUGUUGCUGUGGAGCACAAAGGAAAGGAGCUGAGAGGCAUCAUCCGCUACAUCGGAAGGAAGACGGAGCCAUCGUACUUGGUUCCUUUAUCAGGACGGGUUUUUGGGAUUGAACUGCAGGGAGAGGACAGGGGAAAGGGGGACUCUGAUGGAAACUACAGCCACAAGAGACGCUUUUUGUGUGAACAUAACUGUGCUCUUUUCGUCCCAUUCUCCAGACUCUUGUUUCCUUCCCCUCAGCAACAAACAGAAGAUUUGUGUCCAGGUGAUAGAGUCACCUACUUCAUGAAUAAUAUUGGUUUCCCUGGUAUGGUGGUGGAUGUGGUUGAAGAGAAUGGACAACACUUUGUUAAGAUUUCAACAGACAAAGAUGAGAAUGGGAAGACAGGUGGAGAAGUUAAAGUUCCACUAGACUGCGUUGCAAAGGGAGAGGUGCCCACAGAGCCAGUCAGCAUGCUCAUGGAUACAGCCGCUGCUGAACCAAAGCUCGGUCUGUCCAUGGAGCUGACUGUUAACUCUGUGGUAGAGGUGACGUUGGCUUCAGGAAAUACAUUUGGAAUCAUCCGCUGGAUUGGCAAAUUGCCUGAUCGACAGGAGACUAUGGCAGGACUGGAGCUGGAGGAAGACAUAGGAGUGAGUGACGGGACCUUUAAAGGUCAACGUUUAUUCCUCUGCACUCCAAAGAAAGCUCUGUUUGUGAAACUGAGUUCUUGUCGACCGGACUCGCGCUUUCAGAGCAUAUCUGCAACUCCCAUGGAGAAGAUACCAAAACUGGAAGAAUCAGUUGAUUCAGAUACAGAGCUCAGUAGAAGGAGGCUCGACACCGUUCCUCCUGUUAGCACUGAGCAGGUUCAGCAGAUUCUGGUUGGACGAAUGAAGGGGAUCCAAGGGCACUGUAAUUCCUGCUACAUGGACGCUGCGCUCUUUGGUUUGUUUUCCUGCUCAUCUGUGUUGGACUCCAUGCUUUUUAAAUCAACAACACCCCAAGAUGCCCCAAUUCAGAAAACUCUGCUCCAUGACAUCGUCAACCCCCUCCGCAGUCAGGGCUUUGUGGAAGGGCGGCACAUCAUGAAGCUCCGACAGCAGCUGCAGAAACUCGGCUACAGUCACUCUUUCACCACGGACGAGAAGGACCCAGAGGAGUUCCUCAUUGUCAUCAUGCACCACAUCCUCGCUCUGGAUCCUCUGCUCAAACUCUCAGCUGGUGGUAAAUUGCAGGAGAGUUAUUGCUAUCAGAUCUUCCUGGACCAAAACCACAGCUUGGUUCUGCCUACAGUUCAGCAGCUGCUGGAACAUUCCUUCCACAGUACAGGACUGAAGCUGGGAGAGGUGCCGUCCUGCCUCAUCCUCCAAAUGCCUCGCUUUGGAAAGAAAUUCAAGAUGUUUGAUAAGAUUGUUCCCUCCCUGCAGCUGGACGUCACUGAUCUCCUCACUGAAGGACCUCAGCAGUGCAUACUGUGUGGAAACCUGGCUGAGGAAGAGUGCCCAGACUGUUUCAAAGAUCCAGUUUUCAGCCAGACAGGAUUCAAAGUCUUCUGCAAGACGUGCUCAUCAAAGGUGCACUCUCAUCCUCAACGCCAGUUCCAUAAACCUGCUGCUCUGGAAAUUCCCUUGGCUUACCGGGGUCACGUUCUGACCAGAGACAAGCUGGAGCUGUUCGCUGUGCUCUGUAUUGAGACAAGCCACUAUGUGUCCUUUGUCAAACAUGGACCAGCAAAGGACGACUGGAUCUUCUUCGACAGCAUGGCAGACAGACAGGGGGAGAGAGACGGCUUCAACAUCCCAGAGGUGCACGCCUGUCCUGAAGUCGGCAUGUACCUGGAGAUGGCGCCAGCUGAACUGGCCAAUCAGGUGCCACGAGACAUGAAAGGCGUGGCCAAGCGUCUCUUCUGUGACGCCUACAUGUACCUGUAUCAGAGCACCAACAUGUGUCUGUACCGCUGAACAACGCCCCUCAUGCUUCACAGCGCUUUGUCAUUUCCUGUUGCCUGAUUAGUUCGCACUUCUUUUUCUGAAUGUAACAUGUUGGUGCUGGGAGCUUAAAAAAAGAAUAAGACAAGGAAUUAACAAUCCGAACCAAAGAGAAGACAAGUUUUGCACUGUAAUAUUAGUAGGGUUAGGUUUUUUAUUGCAUUUGAUAAACAUGCUGAAGGAGGUGUAUACAUUUUUAUAGCGAGACAAAACAUCCAGGUAACUGAUGAUUUUCCACCAGAGAACCCCGCUGGGUUAUUUCUCUGCAGUUUGUUGUAAAUACUUAGUGUUGUGCAUUUCUUUUUGGCACCUUAGUGUUUGACUGUUGAAAUUACUGUAGUUUCAAUUCUUUGGAACAUUACAGUGUUUUGAAUGUAAUCUUUGAGUUUGUAUCUCAGAAAAUGUUUUUAUAUCAAUUAAAUAUUUCAAAUGAAACAGCA